AUGUUUCUUUUUACAAAUCGGUCGUAUCCGUUUCUUUCUGAACGUACAAUUGAGUCAAAGAUUAGGUCAUUUAAAGAAACUAUCCAACGAACACCAAUCUCAGACCAAUUCAAAGAAAAUCUUGUUAAACAAGAAAAAUAUCAAACGCUAAUUGUUGAACUUGAAAGAUAUUUACAAUUGUGUUUAAACAAUGACUCUAACAAAAUUCGGGUACAAGAUGUACCAUCUCUACUCACUCUUAUUGGAAUAAUUUAUGAUAAUGAAACACAAACCUCUUCUCCUUCACAAUAUUUUAACCAACAUAAUCCUUUUCAAUUAUUUAUUGAAGACUGUCUUUGUGUAUUUAUGGAAUUUGAAGUGAGGAAAAUAGCAUUACAACUGUCAUUAGAUUAUCUGAAAAGUGUUAAGUGUAAUGAUCUUAGAUUUGUUCAAUUAAUCAUUUCCAUUAUUGAUUUUCCAGCAUUUAAUUCUCAUGAGACUAACAUUCUUCAAGGUACUAAUUUUAGAUAUGACAGUUCUCUUAAUAAAAGUAAGGAUUUGAAUAGACGAUUAGAAGAGGCUGUAUAUAUGUUAACAGAAACAUUGUCUCAGAGUUUUGAAAAAGAAAAUAAUUUUUCGAAUUUAUUAGUUUUGUUAAGAAAUGUAUUGUGUGUGAUAUUUCCAACUAUCACAUCAGAUGUAAAAUCCUACAUUGAUAAAUCAUUUUAUUUAAAAUACUUAUCAGAACCAAAUAAGAAAAUAACAAUAUUAUUCUUAAAAAUCUUUUUGAUUAAUCCUACUCGAUUUUGUACUAUGUACUCAUCUCCUUACUUUUCUCAAGUCUUUAAAGUUAUUUUUCAUAGUAUUUUAAAUAUGAAGUGGAACCCAAAUGAAUUUAAUGAAGAAGUUCGACCAUCUCUUAAAUGGUAUUUUAUGAUAUUCUUUGGACCUAAUGUAGAAACAAUGACAAAUUCAUUACCAAAAGAAGAGUUAAAAUCCCUACAAACGUUCUAUGUAGAUGAACUUAAAUCUUUAAUAAUUUAUCGAGAAUAUUCUCUUGAAGAAUCAAGAAAAUUUUUAUCGAAUGUCUUAGCUUUUUUAUCUUCAUGUAUAUGGUCUAUAAGUAUUAGUUCUAGAUCAUCAGUGAUUCCACUAACAUUAAUUGUAGUAGAUAAUUAUCUUUCAUUAUUAAAAAAUGGAGUUCAAAAUCAAAAAGUUGAUAAACAUACUAAAGUAAGAUUUACAUCAAGUGCAUUUUCAUUAUCAUUGGAAAAUAAUACAUUUGAUAUUAUCAUUUCUACUUUAUUUACGUGGAUGAAAUUAUAUUCUAAAGAUGAAGAUAUGUGGCUGAAUAAUACACAAUCACUAAAAAAUUUAUUACAAGAUUAUUGGUGCAUUCCAGGUGUUUUAAAUGGUAUUGCUAAAGUUUAUGGACAUUUAGUUAGAACAAUAACUGAUAAAUUAUAUUGUACUUCUAAUACAACAACUCCUGCAAUUAUUUCAUUAGUAUCUCCAGAAUACGAAAUUGUUUAUAAUAGUACAAAAGAAAAUGACACAAAAUUUAAAAUGUUUGAAACAGGGUACUGUUCUUAUUAUACAAGUAGAUAUUAUUCAGAGAUGAUAAAAACAUUUGACCAUUGGCAAGACGAAGAUAUUAUUUUUAUUUUUAGAAUAUUUACAAAACUCCUUUCUUCAAAAGAAAAUUAUUCAAAUAUACUCAUAAGAAGAAAUAUUCAUUUAUUAGUAAAUCAAACAAUCACUAUAUUAAAUAAAUCAGAAAGAAUUUCAAACAAAAAAAUAAUUAAUAUCACAGAACUCUUUAUUCCAAUCAUUUUUAACUCAUUAUCACUACAAGAUAAUUAUAUACAAACAAUGAAUAUUCAAUCAUUAGUUGAACUUUAUGAAAGUUCUUAUUGUCCUAAUGAAAUUAUUGCAAUAUUAAAAGAUCUUCUUUCUAUUAUUCCAGAUGAAUUGUUAUUUACUUCUCUUGAAAAAUGUUAUUCUCUCUUUUGUCAGCUCAAUUUAAAUUAUCUCCCAUUAAUACCUCUAAUUCUAAAUAAAAUACAACAACUUUAUGACUACACUAAAACACAAAAAACACAUGUAUUCUUAUCAAAUCUUACACAUGGAAAUUUAGGAAAUGAUUUAGUUCCAAUUGAUAAACGAUUGUUUAAUUCUACAACAAAUGCUUCAAUUAAAAUUCUUUCAUUAUUAAAUAAUUUCUUAGAAUUAGAGCAAUUAAUAAUUCCUGAAUAUUCUAAUGGACUAAUUGAAUAUUAUCAACAAAUGGUUAAAGUAAUAUUAUCUGCUACACAUAUUAUAAUAACAAAAUCUUCUCAUAUUACUACUGUGUGGAUAGCAGCUCGAUUAUUUGUUCAAAUAUCUCAAACUAUAAAUCACUUACAAUAUCAAAGGAAUCAAAAAGUUGAAAAAGAAAUUAAAAUUUUAAAAGAUCAUGCGUUAUUAUUAUUUAAUAAUAUUCUUGGAGAAUGUGAUUUAGCAGAAAAAUCAAAGAAUAGGAAAGAGAUAUGUCUUAACUUUGGACUUACACUUGAGUUUAUUGGAAGAAAUGCUAAAAAUAUUCCUAAUGAUUUACUUAAUGAAAUAUUCAAAUUAUCAUUAGAAGAAUCUAUUAAAACAACUUUAAUAGAAAAUAAACAAAGAAUCAUUAUGUCUUUAAUGGUAAUUGGAUUUACUUCAUCAUCUAUAUUUCAAAUUAUGGAUAUUACAACUCUAAAAAAACUAUUCCAUUACUUAGAAGAAUUAAAUGAAACAAGAAUUAAUAUAACACAAUUAUAUGGAGAUGGUGAAGCAUCAAAAAUCUUUAUUAGUUCAUUAAGGCGGUAUGGAAAUUUAAUAGAAAAUGAUAAGUAUAAACGAAGAAUGAAGGAAAAUGUUCUUAACUUUAUGAAAGAAGGAAAAGUCUUUAGUGUAUGGAUAAAAGAUGAAAGGAAUAUGAGUGUUAUUAUUGAAAUGAGGGAUGCAUUUGGUAAAUGUACUUUUGAAAUUGAAGAAAACAAUAAUGGGUUAAGUUAUAGUAAUAACGUUUUAAAUCAAACAAAGUCUACUGUUCAAGAAAGCGUAUUAUAUACUGAAAAAAAACAAGACUUAUUAUUUUAUGUUCCUAUAGAAAAAGAAAAAGAAAGAUGGUUAGACGAAAACGUGAAUGAAAUAAUAAAAGAGUAUAAUGAAUUAUGUAAAGGAAUAAAAACUGAAGAGUCUCAAGAAAUAUCAAAUAUUAGAGAAAAAAUCUUCUUAGAAAAUGAGAACAAAAUAAGUAAAAUACAUGAAACAUCACUUUUUCAACCACUAACAGAACAAAAAACAAACAGACAUUCUAAAGUUAUUAAAAAGAUAAAUACAGACCAAAUAGAAAUAACAAAACUAUUAAUGUCUAUAUUUAAUAUAUCAGAAUCAAAUUAUAAACAAAUAAAUAUAAUUGAAAAAGAUUUAGAAAAUAAAAUUAAUGAAUUAGAUACUUUAUAUUCAAAAGAAUUAUAUUUGUUUUGGUUAUUUAAUGUAGGUAAUAGAAAAACUAAAGAAGAUAUUAUUUGUAAUGAAGAAUCUACAGAAGCUUUUGAAGAAGUUAAAAAUGCUCUUGGAAAACAAGUUAAAGGAGAAGAAACAAUUGUUGGUAAACAAAAUCCAUUAUUAAUAAAAUAUAAAUGUGAUGUUAUUCAAUAUAGUGAUACAAUUAGAGAAGUUAUUAUUAGUGAUAUUAGUAAAAUACCAAUUCAAAAUAAGAAUGAUAAAGAAUUAAUAUUAAACCAACUUAUAAAUAUAUUCUUUACAGAAAUAGAAUUUGAUCCUAAUGUCCUUGGAGAAUGUAAUUGUCAAAUAGCUAUUAUUAUUCAACCACAUCUUAAAGGGAUAUAUAAAAUUCAAAUAUAUGCAAAGAAGUAUAAAGGAUGGGGACCUCUUCAAAACAAUAAUUUCUGCUUUAUUAAUCAUCUUGGAAUAUAUAUAAGAGAGACAGUAAUUGCAUUGUAUAAAGGAAUUAAUUCGAAAUUACAAAAAAGUAUUGAAAGCAAUUCAUUUUUAAAGAGAAUAAAAAUUAUCUCAUCAAUUAAUUCAUCCUCACAACCAAUAACUUUUAUUGAUUUUAUUUGGAAGAUACAAAAUGUAUUUAAUCAAUAUGAAUAA